AUGACCAAGCGGUGGUUUGUCGAAACCACGCCGGAGGGGCGACAGCAGUUUGUGUCCGUCAAGAGAUCGCGCUCUUACGCCGGACACCAAGACCGAGUCCGUGAGAUCGACUACAUCAAAGUCAGCCUCGACGAAUGGAACUCCCUCGUGGCAAAGGAGCGCACGCUCGAAGAGAUCAACAAGUCGGUGGUGGACGAGAACAACCGCCUCAAGACCACGUCCCACGCUGAGGCUAAGCGCCUCGCCGUGGUUGUCGUCCCCAGUCUCGAGAAGCAGAUCGCCUCCCUGUCCAUCGAGAAUGAGGCUCUGCGUCGCAGCAUCGACAAGACCGGCGACAGCUCCCUCAAGCACCACCGCGAGGAAGACAGACUGCGCUACAAGGCUGCCAAGUUUGAGGCCGACAACUUGGCACUCCGAGAGGAGAAUGCCGCUCUGCGAGAGAAGAACCGCAGCCUGUCUCGGCAGAUCGACCAGAGCUUCAGCCGUCGUGUGUCUGAGCUUGUUGCAGAGGCCGACACGUGGAAGUACCACUACCGCCACUGGUAUGCUCGCUACAAUGAGCUGUUGAAGCGCUACAACGACAUUUACGACCUGAUGGAGACGCGGACGAAGAAGAUGAAGGCCUACAAAGAGAAGGCGGCUGCAUAUGAAGACAUUCUACGGCGAAACGAGAUGAUCUAA